GACUGGGGCAGCAGUCGUGUGAUGAAUAAAUGAGGACCCAAGAUGCAGACGGUGAUGGAGAUGCGAGUGGAGGUUUAUUUACAGUGAAGAUAACAGAAGUGAGGGCAGGACUGAACAUAAACUGGGUGAAACUAACAAACAAACCUGGAACAUAAGGUCAGCGGGAGAAACUCAGAGAUGGCAGAUGAGGACAGCAGAACAGGGAGACGUAGAGAAACAUAGGGAAUGAACACAGACGACGCGACGAGGAGCACAGGCAGACACGCAGUAUAAAUACACACACCAGGUAAUUAGGAAAUGGCAGACAGGAGGGGACACAGCUGGAACUGAUGGACCUAACGAGACACAAACCUACAAAGUAAAACAGGAAACUCACAGACUGUUUUACACAACCAACUGGGGACACGAACAGAACACAAAGGAGAGACACAGUUUUCACGUUUUUCCUGUUUCAUGAUCAUUUUUAUCAUGGAGACAAAAGCCAGCCUUUCAUCAGCCAUGUGGAGAUGAGGAGCAGCAAGAAGAAACAGUGAGGUGUCAUGGAGGUGCAGAUGUACUCAAACCUCAGAUUGACAAACAUUUGAGUGGGGGGGUGGAGCCUGCAGGUGGUGAUGUCAAAGCGAGGAGCAGGAGGGCGGGGUAAGGGGGAGCGACUGGACACCAUGGCAACUCUUCAAGCAGCCAAUGAGGAGCUCAGAGCAAAACUGACAGAGAUCCAGAUCGAACUACAACAGGAAAAGAACAAGGUGAGCCGACUGGAGAGGGAGAAAAGUCAGGAGCUGAAGGCAGAGCAUCACCGGGCCGCAGUUGCUGUGACUGAGCUGAGGACCAAACUCCAUGAGGAGAAGCAGAAGGAGCUUGCACUCACCCGGGAGACGUUACUACGGCAACAUGAGAUGGAGCUCAUGAGGGUCAUAAAGAUCAAAGAUGGUGAAAUCCAACGUCUUAAUGGACUGGUGCUCACCUUAAGGGAUGGAUCCACAGACAAGGUGAGGAGCGCCCUGCUGGGGGAAGUGGAGGAGGCGAGAAGGAGCUGGGAGGCGGAGCGUUGUCGCUUCCAACACGAGAUUCUUGAGCUGAGGGGAGCAAAGAGGAAUGCUGAGGAGGCGCUGACAUCGGCUCAGCAGGCCUGCCAGGCCAGAGCAGCCGAGCUGCGAUCAGCUCAUCAUCAACACCAAGAGGAGCUUAACAGGACCAAGAGAGACUGUGAGAGAGAGAUUCGCCGCCUGAUGGAUGAGAUAAAGCUGAAGGACAGAGCUGUCAGUGUUUUGGACAAAGCCCUCGGUCUGCAGGCUGGACACGCCCACCGCCUCCAGCUGCAGACUCAGGCUGCUGAACAGCAAAUUGCAGCCCUGAGAGAUGCACAGAGGGCGGGGCUAAACCACCCCACUCUUAACCCCAACCCCAACAACGCUCCUCACAUUUCUCAGGAGGAUCGUGACACUCGGAGGUUUCAGCUGAAGAUAGCUGAGCUCAGUGCCGUCAUCAGGAAGUUAGAGGAUAGAAACGCUCUACUGUCAGAAGAACGCAACGAAUUGUUGAAGCGCCUGAGAGAAGCCGAGAGUCAGUUUCUUCCUCUUCUGGACAAGAACAAGCGUCUGAGCCGCAAAAACGAAGAGCUGGCUCUAGCAUUGCGUCGCCUCGAUAACAAGCUUCGCUUCGUCACCCAGGAGAAUCUGGAGAUGGUAACUAUGAGGAGGCCAAGUUCAUUAAAUGAUCUGGACCGCAGCCACUCCACCAGUUACCAUGGUUACAGUCAGGACGAGAGAGAGAUGGAGUUUCUGCGGUUACAAGUCCUGGAGCAGCAACACAUCAUUGAUGACCUGUCCAAGGCUCUGGAGACAGCUGGUUAUGUGAAGAAUGUGAUUGAGAGAGACAUGUUACUGAGGUACCGGCGUCAGGAAUCGGUGAGGAGAAAACGGACCUUCAGAGCCUGCAGGGUCAUUGAGACGUUUUAUGGUUAUGAUGAAGAGGCGUCUGUGGAUUCUGAUGGCUCGUCUUUGUCCUUUCACACUGACAGAACUCCAGAUACUGAACCAGAUGAGGUAUGCGUGCGUGAGGAGGCGGAGCUUCGUUACCGUCAGCUGACUCAGGAGUACCAAGCGCUGCAGCGAGCGUAUGCUCUGUUAGCGGAGACGAGUGGCGGAAACUACGAUGCAGAGAAGGAGAUCAAGACCAGAGAGCAGCUGCUGAGUGAGAUCAGUCGAUACCAGAGCAGAGUUUCAGAUCUGGAAUCAGCGCUGAAGCAGCAAGGACUGGACCUGAAGUGGGUGGAGGAGAAGCAGGCGUUAUAUCGGAGGAAUCAGGAGCUGGUGGAGAAGGUCAGGCAGAUGGAAGGUGAAGAGCUGCGACUGAAAAACGACAUUCAGGAUGUCAAAGACCAGAACGAGCUGCUGGAGUUCAGGAUCCUGGAGUUAGAGGAGAGGGAGCGGCGCUCACCCGCCAUCAAUUUCCAACAGCUCCAUUUCCCAAAAGGCCUCAGUCCUCUACAGGUUUACUGUGAGGCAGAGGGAGUCACUGACAUUGUGAUGAGUGAGCUGAUGAAGAAGCUGGACAUUCUGGGAGAUAACGCCGUAAGUAAUCUGUCCAAUGAAGAGCAGGUGGUGGUAAUACAUGCCCGGACGGUACUCACUCUAGCAGAAAAGUGGCUGGAGUCCAUUGAAGUGACAAAAUCGGCUCUCCAGCAGAAAAUGUUGGACAUCGAGAGUGAGAAGGAGCUGUUCAGUAAGCAGAAAGGUUACUUGGAUGAAGAGCUGGACUACAGGAAGCAGUCGAUGGAUCAGGCCCAUAAGAGGAUCCUGGAGCUGGAGGCCAUGUUGUUUGAGGCUCUGCAGCAGGAAGAGGAAUCCAGGAUAGAGGGAUUAAAGAUGGAGGGUCGACUGUCUGAGAGUCUGACAGAGGGAGAGAGAGAGGAGCUGAGGAGAGCCAUGGACCAGUGGAAACGAACUGUGAUGUGUGAGCUCAGAGAGAGAGAUGCCCAAAUUCUUCGAGAGCGGAUGGAACUACUGCAGCUCACCCAACAGAGGAACAAGGAGCUGGAAGAAUUUAUAGAAGCACAGAAACGACAGAUUAAAGAGCUGGAAGAGAAGUGUGUGCAGACCACCACAGUCCAGCAGCUGAGUGGCCAGGUCAGCUCAGUCUGGAUCAGACCAGGAGGACUCGAAAGGAUUCCUGGAACCAGCAGCUCACCAACCGAGGGUCUAUGGGUUCUCUGUUGCCAGCCAAUCAGAGCAGAGCCCAGCUGUCAGCUGGCUCUCAAACUAUCCUGUUACACCUUCCUAGAAUGCCACUGUGCUGUCUCAGACAUGGCUGAUAGCUUCGUUUCAGCUUGCUGAUGUUCAGCUAAGUAAAAGAGUCUGGCCCAAACUGGUGUUGGACUCUUACUAGCUAAACUAGGUGACACCCUAUAUGAUUAGCUUAGGUCGCUGAUUUUGAAGUUGUCAGAUGGGGUUGGUUCAGUAACCUGUGACAGAUGCGUGAGCUCAGCAGACUUAGGCUGAAGAGCAAAAGCUCUAUAAGAACUAGACAUAAAAACAUCAGAAACCAGCCUGACAGAAGUUUAGUUCAAUAAUUCUUUGUUCUGAUUGGCUGUUCCACCUGAAGAGCAGACAGUGAAUUUAGCUCCUCCCGCUUUAUUCACAGAGCUAAGGUCACACCUGGUUCGUCUACAACAGAAGAAGGACCUCCACAAUGUCAGGAGGUCUGUUAGGAGAUAAGAGUGAAGUGAAGUGGUCCAGAUAAACCAGGUUCAGGAGGUCCAGAUAGACCAGGUUAACCAGGUCCACACAAACCAGGUUCAUGAGGUCCAAAUAAAUCAGGUUCAGGAGGUCCAGAUAGACCAGGUUUACCGGGUCCACAUAAACCAGAUUCAUGAUGUCCAGGCACACUAGGUUCACCAGGUCCACACAAACCAGGUUCACUGGCUUCUGGUUGAAUACCGCAUCAAUUUCAAGAUACUUUUGUACACAUUCAAGGCUACUCAUCAUCUCUCGCCUUCAUACCUCUCUGACCUGGUUCAAAUCACCAUUCCUUCUCCGUAUCUCAGAUCCUCCUCCUCUCUUUCUCUUUCCAUCCCUUCCCCCCGGCUAGCCACCGUGGGGUGCGGGGCUUUCUGUUGCUCUGCCCCCCGUCUUUGGAACUCCUUUCCUCCUGAGAUAAGAAACAUCACUUCCCUCCCUCUUUAAGUCCAGAUUUAAAACUCACCUAUUCACAUUAGCCUAUUCCACAUAAAUCUUUCCAUCCUGCUACUUUAAUUUAUUUUAUCUAUUUGCUCAACGUUUUAUCCUUAUUAUUUUUUUAAAUUGUUAUGUUUGUUGUUGUUAUUGCUUGUGUACAGUGUCCUUGAGUGUUUUGAAAGGCGCUUUCUUGAAUAAAAUGUAUUCAUUCAUUCAUUCAUUAUUCACGAGGUCCAGAUAAACCAGGUUCAUGAGGUCCAGGCACACCAGGUUUACCAGGUCCACACAAACCAGGUUCAUUAGGUCCGAGCAAACCAGGUUCAUGAGACCCAGAUAAAUCAGGAUCAGGAGGUCAAGAUAGACCAGGUUUACUGGGUCCAGACAAACCAGGUUGAUGAGGUCCAGGGACACCAGGUUCACCAGGUCCACACAAACCAGGUUUAUGAGGUGCAGAUAAACCAGGUUCAGGAGGUCCAGACAAACCAGGUUCACCAAGUCCAGGCAAACCAGGUUCAUGAGGUCCAGACAAACAUGAGGUCCGACAAACCAGGUUCAGGAGGUCGAGAUAGACCAGGUUAACCAGGUCCACACAAACCAGGUUCAUGAGGUCCAGAUAAACCAGGUUCAGGAGGUUGAGAUAGACCAGGUUAACCAGGUCCACACAGACCAGGUUAACCAGGUCCACACAGACCAGGUUCAGGAGUUCCAGGCACACAAGGUUCACCAGGUCCAGAUAAACUAGGUUCAGGAGGUCUAGAUUAACCAGUCUCACCGGGUCCAAACAAACCAGGUUCAUAAGGUGCAGGCAGACCAGGUUCAUGAGGUCCAGAUAAACCAGGUUCAUGAGGUCCAGGCACACCAGGUUCACCAGGUCCACACAAACCAGGUUCAUGAGGUCCACACAAACCACGUUCAUGAGGUCCACACAAACCAGGUUCACCGGGUCCAGACAAACAAGGUUCAGACUGUGUUUAAUUUGAUGGAGAAAAGCACAGCAGUAGUCUCUGAUCUUGAGGUGCUAGAGAUCCUGGAAUUAGGUCCUGGAAAUGACUCCCAAUAUGUUUCUGUUCCUAAAUCCAUAUCUAAAUAAUUUCACAGAACUAAAACUAAACUAUAUCACAAUAUAUAAUAUAUGAUUGAUUAGUAUUAUAUGAAAUGAUGCACCUUUUCACUUUACACUGAAGUUACCUGAUAUUGUUAAAUAAAAAGUUUAAUUAUAAAAAAGCUAAAGACUUUGUAUUUUGGUUAAUACCUACGUUACUUUAAUAUUUUUAAAGCUUUUGUUUCUUUUGGGUUUCUGCUAGCAACCAUAUUUGACUUCAAGUUCUACACUUUGUCAUUUUGACCAUUUACCAUUUCUCUGAGUUAUCCUCAGUGUUCAAAUGAAGCAGGAUCAGAAUCUGUUGUUUUAAAAGUUGCAUCCUGCUGUUGUACUUUUAUUAUUCCAGAUGAUAUUUUUCUAUCCCUGCUGUGAGUCUAAACACUGAACAUCUGAAGAGUUGGCGAUUAAAAAUGGAAACCGAA